AUGCCUCUCCUUAUGCAGACAGGGAAGCCCAGGGUCAUCCUGGGCUUGAUGACCUUCGGUCCAGAUUCAUCGGCUGGAGCUCGUAUCACGUCUCUGGAUGAGUACAACAGGUGUCUCGACUAUUUCCAAUCCCAAGGCUACAACGAGGUGGAUACGGCGCGAACAUAUAUUGGAGGCAAGCAAGAAGCUUUCUCAGCAGAAGCACGCUGGAAAGAACGAGGCUUGACUUUGGCUACGAAAUGCUACCCUAAAGAGCCUGGGAUCCACAAAGCUACCGUUAUCAAAGAGCAACUUGCCUUCUCCUUGACAGAGCUGAAGACGGAUUGUGUGGACAUCUUCUAUUUACAUGCCGCGGAUCGCUCCGUGCCUUUCGAGGAGACUUUGGAGGCAGUCAAUGAGAUGCACAAAGAGGGAAAGUUUGUGCAACUUGGGUUGAGCAAUUUUACGGCUUUUGAGGUUGCGGAGGUCGUUAUUAUGUGCAAGGAAAGGGGUUGGGUCCGGCCGACGAUCUACCAGGGAAUGUACAAUUGCAUAACUCGUUCGCUGGAGCAAGAGCUCAUACCAGCCUGCCACCGCUAUGGCAUUGAUGUGGUCAUUUACAACCCUUUAGCAGGCGGUCUUUUCUCUGGCAAGAUCAAAAGCGCUGAAGUCCCUCCAGAUGGUCGUUUCAGUGAUACAGCCAAAUCAGGGGAGAAUUACCGGAAGAGAUACUUUAAAGACGCCACCUUUGAUGCCCUUCGCCUGAUUGAGCCCGUCGCUCAAAAGCACAACCUAACGAUGGUAGAGAUAGCACUCCGCUGGUGUACUCAUCACUCUGCUCUCAAAAUGCAAAAGGGAGGACGGGAUGGGGUGAUCGUCGGUGUGAGUAGCUUUGGCCAACUCGAAAGCAAUCUUAAAGACCUGGAGAAAGGGCCACUACCGGAUGACGUGCUGAAAGCAUUGGAUGAAGCAUGGUUGAUUGCUAAGCCUACGACGCCAAACUACUGGCAUCUGGAUCUGGAGUACAAGUACGACACGCAAGCAGCCCUAUUCAAGCCGAGGUCAAAGAGCUGA